AGUUUGCCACUGCGCGCGCGGGGCGGGCAGGGUCCCCAGUGCGCGGCGGUACGCGGGGCUUUGGCCCAGUUCCUGCCUCGCAGGACGCCGCAGUGCCGCCCCGGCCUGGCCCGAACGGUCGGUGCAACUCCGAAACUCGAUAGGAGGCAGCAGCUGGUCUCCCACCACCCUAAAAAUAAUCCUGUUCGGCGACCUGCGUGCUGCGGCCAGGGGAGGAAAGCUGCCGUCCGAGUGAGAGUUCUGUGUCCUGGUUUGAAAUUGACAUCUUAAGCCAACGUGGGAAGCCGGCGUUUGGAAGGUAGCAUGAGUGCACCCGUGGGGGUUUGAAGCCUCGUCAAGCCCAAGAUCAUAGAAGAGAUGAGCCUUUCAUUUUGUGGCAACAACAUCUCUUCUUACGAUAUCUACAAUGGUGUGUUACAAAAUCCCUGCUUUGUGGAUGCCCUCAACCUGGUUCCUCAUGUCUUCCUACUGUUCAUCACUUUUCCAAUAUUGUUUAUUGGGUGGGGGAGCCAAAGCUCAAAAGUGCAAAUUCAUCACAACACAUGGCUUCAUUUUCCUGGUCAUAACCUGAGAUGGAUUCUGACGUUUGCUCUCCUGUUUGUGCAUGUUUGUGAAAUUGCAGAAGGCAUAGUGUCAGACUCACGGCGGGGGUCCAGGCACCUGCACCUCUUCAUGCCUGCCGUGAUGGGGUUUGUUGCCACUACAACGUCCAUCGUGUACUAUCACAACAUUGAAACAUCGAAUUUCCCUAAAUUACUCUUAGCCUUAUUCCUGUAUUGGGUAAUGGCCUUUAUUACAAAGACAAUCAAACUGGUGAAGUACUGGCAGUCUGGGUGGGGAGUGUCCGACCUGCGGUUCUGCAUCACAGGCAUGAUGGUCAUCUUGAAUGGACUCCUAAUGGCUGUGGAGAUCAACGUCAUCAGAGUCAGAAGGUAUGUGUUCUUCAUGAAUCCUCAGAAAGUGAAGCCACCAGAAGACCUCCAGGAUCUGGGAGUGAGAUUUCUUCAACCAUUUGUGAACUUACUGUCAAAAGCCACAUACUGGUGGAUGAACACCCUCAUCAUAUCUGCUCAUAAGAAGCCUAUUGAUCUGAAGGCCAUUGGAAAGUUGCCAAUAGCAAUGAGGGCAGUAACAAAUUACGUUUGCCUGAACGCAUAUGAAGAACAAAAGAAAAAAGUCGCAGAUCAUCCAAAUCGGACUCCAUCUAUAUGGCUUGCCAUGUACCGAGCUUUUGGACGGCCCAUUCUACUGAGUAGCACAUUCCGCUACCUGGCUGACUUGCUGGGCUUUGCUGGACCUCUCUGUAUUUCUGGCAUUGUUCAGCGGGUGAAUGACACCCAGAAUGGGGCAAAUAACUCAGCAGGAAUUUCCAAAACCCUCUCAUCAAAGGAAUUUCUUGAAAAUCCUUAUGUUCUAGCCGUGCUUCUCUUCCUGGCCCUUAUUCUGCAAAGGACAUUUCUGCAGGCUUCCUAUUAUGUAACCAUACAGACUGGCAUCAACCUCCGCGGAGCUCUGCUGGCCAUGAUCUACAAUAAAAUCCUUAGGCUCUCUACAUCUAAUUUAUCUAUGGGGGAGAUGACCCUGGGACAGAUCAACAACCUGGUUGCCAUUGAAACUAAUCAACUCAUGUGGUUCCUAUUUUUGUGCCCCAAUCUCUGGGCUAUGCCUGUUCAGAUCAUAAUGGGAGUGAUUCUGCUCUAUAAUUUACUUGGAUCAAGUGCAUUGGUUGGUGCGGCUGUCAUUGUGCUCCUUGCUCCAAUUCAGUACUUCAUCGCCACAAAGUUGGCAGAGGCUCAGAAGAGCACUCUUGAUUAUUCCACUGAAAGACUGAAGAAAACAAAUGAAAUAUUGAAAGGCAUCAAACUUCUAAAACUGUAUGCCUGGGAGCACAUUUUCUGCAAAAGUGUGGAGGAAACAAGAAUGAAAGAACUAUCUAGCCUCAAAACCUUUGCCCUUUAUACAUCACUGUCCAUCUUCAUGAAUGCAGCAAUUCCCAUAGCAGCUGUGCUUGCUACGUUUGUGACUCAUGCCUAUGCCAGUGGGAACAACCUGAAACCUGCAGAGGCCUUUGCCUCCCUGUCUCUCUUUCACAUCCUGGUCACACCACUCUUCCUGCUCUCCACAGUGGUCAGAUUUGCAGUGAAAGCCAUCAUCAGUGUUCAAAAGCUGAAUGAGUUUCUCUUGAGUGAUGAGAUUGGUGAUGACAGCUGGCGGACUGGUGAAGGCUGUCUGCCUUUUGAGUCCUGUAAGAAACACACUGGAGUUCCGAAAACUAUAAACAGGAAGCAGCCUGGAAGAUACCACCUGGACAGCUACGAGCAAUCAGCACGACGACUACGUCCGGCAGAGUCAGAGGAUAUUGCAAUAAAGGUUACCAAUGGGUUCUUUUCUUGGGGCAGUGGGUUAGCUACAUUAUCCAAUAUAGACAUUCGAAUCCCAACAGGUCAGUUAACCAUGAUUGUUGGCCAGGUAGGAUGUGGAAAGUCGUCUCUCCUUCUUGCCAUUCUUGGUGAGAUGCAGACCCUGGAAGGGACCGUCCACUGGAGCAAUGUAAACGAAUCUGAGCCUUCUUUUGAAGCAACCAGAAGCAGGAACAGAUAUUCUGUGGCUUAUGCAGCUCAAAAGCCUUGGCUACUAAAUGCAACAGUAGAAGAAAACAUUACCUUUGGAAGUCCUUUCAACAGACAGAGGUACAAAGCUGUCACAGAUGCCUGUUCUCUGCAGCCAGAUAUUGACUUAUUACCAUUUGGAGACCAAACUGAAAUUGGAGAGCGGGGCAUCAACUUGAGUGGGGGACAGAGGCAGAGAAUCUGUGUGGCAAGAGCUCUCUAUCAAAAUACCAACAUUGUCUUCUUGGAUGACCCCUUCUCUGCCCUCGACAUCCACUUGAGUGAUCACUUAAUGCAGGAAGGGAUUUUGAAAUUUCUCCAAGAUGAUAAAAGGACACUUGUUCUCGUGACUCACAAGUUACAGUAUCUGACACAUGCUGACUGGAUCAUAGCCAUGAAAGAUGGAAGUGUGCUAAGAGAAGGGACUUUGAAAGACAUUCAAACCAAAGAUGUAGAACUUUAUGAACACUGGAAAACACUUAUGAAUCGUCAGGAUCAAGAAUUAGAAAAGGAUAUGGAAGCGGACCAAACAACUUUAGAGAGGAAAACUCUCCGAAGAGCCAUGUAUUCAAGAGAGGCCAAAGCCCAGAUGGAGGAUGAAGAUGAAGAGGAGGAAGAAGAAGAAGAUGAGGAUGAUAACAUGUCUACUGUGAUGAGACUCAGGACUAAAAUGCCAUGGAAAACGUGUUGGUGGUACCUCACUUCUGGAGGGUUCUUCUUACUCUUCCUCAUGAUUUUCUCCAAGCUCCUGAAGCACUCAGUAAUUGUGGCUAUAGACUACUGGCUGGCUACAUGGACAUCCAAGUACAGUAUAACCAACACUGGAAAAGCUGACCAGACUUACUAUGUGGCUGGAUUUAGCAUUCUCUGUGGAGCAGGCAUUUUUCUUUGCCUUGUCACCUCUCUUACUGUAGAAUGGAUGGGUCUCACAGCUGCCAAAAAUCUCCACCACAAUCUUCUUAAUAAGAUAAUUCUUGGACCAAUAAGGUUCUUUGAUACCACACCCCUGGGGCUGAUUCUCAAUCGCUUCUCUGCUGACACCAAUAUCAUUGAUCAGCAUAUCCCUCCAACGCUGGAGUCCCUAACUCGCUCCACACUGCUGUGCCUGUCUGCUAUCGGGAUGAUCUCCUAUGCCACUCCUGUCUUUCUGGUUGCUCUCGUGCCCCUUGGGGUUGCCUUUUAUUUUAUACAGAAAUACUUCCGAGUUGCCUCUAAGGACCUCCAGGAACUCGAUGACAGCACACAGCUCCCUCUGCUUUGCCACUUCUCAGAAACAGCUGAAGGACUCACUACCAUACGGGCCUUUAGGCAUGAAACAAGAUUUAAGCAACGUAUGCUGGAACUGACAGAUACAAACAACAUUGCCUACUUAUUUCUCUCAGCUGCCAACAGAUGGCUGGAGGUCAGGACGGAUUAUCUGGGAGCUUGCAUUGUCCUGACGGCAUCUAUUGCAUCUAUUAGUCGACCUUUCAAUUCUGGAUUAGUGGGCUUGGGUCUCCUGUAUGCCCUUACGAUAACCAAUUAUUUGAAUUGGGUUGUGAGGAACUUGGCUGACCUGGAGGUGCAGAUGGGUGCAGUGAAGAAAGUGAACAGUUUCUUGACGAUGGAGUCUGAGAACUAUGAAGGCACCUUGGAUCCUUCUCAAGUUCCAGAAUAUUGGCCACAAGAAGGGGAGAUCAAGAUUCAUGAUCUGUGUGUCAGAUAUGAAAAUAACCUGAAGCCUGUUCUAAAACAUGUCAAGGCUUACAUCAAACCUGGGCAAAAGGUGGGCAUCUGUGGCCGCACAGGCAGUGGGAAGUCCUCCUUAUCGCUGGCUUUCUUCAGAAUGGUUGAUAUAUUUGAUGGCAAGAUUGUCAUCGAUGGGAUAGACAUUUCCAAACUGCCACUGCACACGCUGAGAUCUAGACUUUCAAUCAUUCUGCAGGAUCCAAUACUAUUCAGUGGUUCUAUUAGAUUUAAUUUAGAUCCAGAGUGCAAGUGCACAGAUGACAGACUCUGGGAGGCUCUAGAAAUUGCCCAGCUGAAGAAUAUGGUGAAAUCUCUACCAGGAGGUCUAGAUGCAGUGGUCACUGAAGGAGGGGAGAAUUUCAGCGUUGGACAGAGGCAACUGUUUUGCCUGGCCAGGGCCUUUGUCCGGAAGAGCAGUAUUCUCAUUAUGGAUGAAGCAACAGCUUCCAUCGACAUGGCCACAGAAAACAUUUUGCAGAAAGUGGUAAUGACAGCGUUUGCAGACCGCACUGUUGUCACAAUAGCUCAUCGGGUUCACACCAUUCUGACGGCAGACCUGGUUAUUGUGAUGAAGCGAGGAAAUAUUUUAGAAUAUGACACUCCAGAGAGCCUCUUGGCCCGGGAAGAUGGAGUAUUUGCUUCUUUUGUUCGUGCGGACAUGUGAAGGGCUGUCUUAAAAUGAUAUAAAUGAUCAUUUCAAAUGAUGCAGUCAGAACCUAUUUAAUGCAUCAUUAGCUUGGCCUUUGUAGAGUGGCCUCUUGAGCGUAAUUUUUGGUAUCAGAAGUUGACCUUUCUUAUCCCUGUUUUUGUUUCACAGUUUUCCAAGAUAUCAUUGCCUAUGAUGUUCAUUACUGAUGUUUUCCUAAUGAUCUAGCCACAUUGCCUUUAAGAACACAGGUUGAAUUAAAACAUGUAGCUCCUGUAAGUGGCAUAUCAACAAUUUAUUCUUUCUUAUAAUUUUGAGUUUUAGUAAAUAUCUCUCAAGAAUAGAAUUUGCAAUAAAUAAGCAGUUUUAGUGCACCCUUAUUUGUAAGAAUAAAUUCUCCUUAUUGCUGGAGUCUCCAAAUGUUAUUGAAGGGAAAAAAAAGAAACAUAAGCUUUCUAAUGAAUAACUAAAAUUCGUCAUCUAUUCUAAGAGAACAUUUAUGUAUUAAUUAAUAUUAGUAAUACUGAUUUUUAGCAGUCUCUUUUUCCCCUCUUAAGUUUUUUUCUGUCAUCAAGAAGUUACCACAUUUAUAGUAGCUCUAUAAAGCUACCACCACCUUAGCUUUAGGUAGUUGAAAAAUACUUGUUUCCACUUUUUUGUCCAGUAAGGAGAGAGUUCUUAAGAGGCGUAACAAUGUGCCUUUUCUAGAGUGAAGUUCAGAGAGUGAGUAGGUUCAGUCCUUCAGUGUUAGGCCAACUAAGCUUUUUAUAGUUUAAUUUCUCAUUAACUAUGGUCAUGGUCCUGAAUCCUAAAGUUACAUAUCAUUCUGGACUCAAAGGAACAUAGGCAUAUGGCCUUAUUUCUCACAUAUGUCUGUCGUAGCUAACUAUGAGCGAAUGGUGGCAGAAAAACAUUCCUCUAAUGUACCCGAUGCUCCCUGUGAAAGAGUGUGACAUGAGGAGAUAACCUCCACUCUAUAUGAAGUUCUAUAUAGAACGAGUGUCUGUUUCUAGUUGGAAAAUUUUACCUCCGGGAAUUUAUGUUCCAUCUGUAACCGUUCACAUGUUUAACUUUAAUGUGCAUGUAAAGAGUACAUCAAAUUCAAUAGGAUGCUAGUGUUAUGUUUCUCUUAAGUGUAUAUUAAAUUCAAAGUUACUAAACGUUAUCUGCCUCUUAUGCUGGCAACCACUGCUGCUACAUUUCUUUACCAUUCAGUAUAAAAAUUGUUGACUUUCAUGAGGGCUUAUAUAAAUUGUGAGAUUUUUUUUUUUUGUGGCAGCACUGGGGUUUGAACUCAGGGCCUCACACUUGCUAGACAGGUGCUAUCAGCACUGGAGCCACUCCACAGCCCCAUUGUAAGAUACUGAAGACUUGUAAUUGGUGGAAAAAGAGAAAUCAUGCUCCCUCUCUAUAGUUCUUGUGUUCAGUUUAUUGUAAUGUCAACUCACUUUUUGAAAAUUUUAUUUGUAUAUCAGAAUUUCUCAUGAAGCCUUCACUUGAAUAUAGAAUUCUAAUGUUA